AUCUCUGUAAUACUCUGUUUUGUUAUCAUUUUGUUAUCAUUUCUCAAAUUUAUUUUUUCGUAUGUAUUAUAUACAUUAAAAUAGUGAAAUUUAUUAUAAAGUCAGAACCAAAAAAAUAUUUACUGUUAACAGCUAUUACUAUAAAUAUGAUUUACCAGCAAUAGAUUAAACCUCAACAUUUCGAAUGCAUAUUCUCAAUAUUUGUGAUUUUCCCUGCAAUAUCAUUAAAAUUACUAAAUGCCGAAGAAAAAAGGCCAAAAGAAGAAUAUUCCUCAAGAUGUAACUAUAAACUACAGUGCAAAUGCAUUGAAACCUGUAAGUCGAGUCAAGAAAUCCGCAUCCGCAGACCAAACAUCAGCACCUGACUUAUCCUGGGACCAGAUCCAGGACGAUGACUUCGAUAUAAUCGAGCAAACGAACUCUGACGGUACAAAGAAUUUUGUCUACAAGAAAAAACGGAACACUUGCAAGUCCGAAAGCGAAGAUGUUGAAGAUCGUCCUGGUAUUGUUUAUCCAGAAAUUGUUUGGUAUUUCAUAUCAUGGUAUAUAAAACCAGAAGAUGUUGGUAAUUUCGCAGGCAUUAAUAAAGCCACAUAUGCUAUCACGAAACGAGAAUCGUUCUGGCGAGCAUUAUACAAACGCUACUGUGAAAAUCAUCCCAAACUACCUCAACGAUUACGGAUAGAAAAUAGCUAUAAGGUUUAUGGGUUACGUCAGAGAGUCAUAAGAGCUCUUUAUCAUACAUACCAUGUGUUUGUGAAGAAAGUUGCUCAGGAAGCGACACAGGACAGCAGACCGCACUUGUUGGUGAAACGUAGAUGUGUAAAUGUAUGGUUUUGUAAGGGAACAUCUCAUUGGUCCGUAUAUUUCAAAUUUAAGAAGCCUAGUCCGAUGCAGAGGUUGCAGACUGGUGUUGAUUUCCUGGAGGAACUAGGGAGAGUAGACGCGAAUCCAGAGGAGGAUUCUCAAGUGUUACAGGUCACCUGCCGUAAUUUCUACGAAGUACCACCAUUGAUGGGGAUGACCCUAUCAUCAGUGAGCGUGGUGUUAUCACAAGGGUUCCGACAUCAUCGUCUCCACCUGGGCUUCAACACCGGCUGCUACAUCUCUAAAAAAAUCCUACCUGAGUGCACAGUUGUUCUGGAUACUGUUGUUAAUAUACUAGUGUUGGAUUGGUGGCACCCUGUAUAUCCGCACUUUGAUAACACCCUCCCGUCUAACAUCAAGGAUGAUGAGUCAGUGCCAGUAUUAAAGAAUGAUUUUUUUACUAUAAAAGAUUCAGAUUUAAACUACUGACAACGUUUCAUAUUUGUUAAUAUACUAGUGUUGGAUAGGUGGCACCCUGUAUAUCCGCACUUUGAUAACACCCUCCCGUCUAACAUCAAGGAUGAUGAGUCAGUGCCAGUAUUAAAGAAUGAUUUUUUUACUAUAAAAGAUUCAGAUUUAAACUACUGACAACGUUUCAUAUUUGUUAAUAUACUAGUGUUGGAUAGGUGGCACCCUGUAUAUCCGCACUUUGAUAACUCCCUCCCGUCUAACAUCAAAUAUGAUGAGUCGGU